UUACAACGUCCGGUGAGAACUCGAGAGAGAGAGUUGUUUGUUUCUUUUAGAUAGAGAGAGCUUUUUUUUUUUGCGAUUGUUCUUAAGAAGCAAAUAUUUAUCUUAUUACUGAAAUUUAAAUUUUAAAUUUCUCACACAUGUGCACUCGUCUUUUCGAUCUGUACGAAAAUUUUCAAAUUUCGAAAUUUGCCGCCUCUCUUUUCGUUUGUGCUAAUUAAUUGGGCCUCAUACGGCCCAUUACUGUUUAUUUUGUCUGCUUAUUUUUUUGUCUUUAUUUGUUGUGGGCUUUUUUCAUUGGGCCAUUUAAGAUAAUGAAUCCCUUCAAAACAAGGAAACAUUUUGGUAAUACACUUCAAAAAAUUUUGAACCCUUAAAAUCUGAUAUCUUCUUCUUCGUUUUUUUUUUUUUUUUUUGAGAUGUAAUUAUAACUCUACGAUACCUUAUUCCUAUGCAUAAACAAAUGAUAAUUUUUUUUACGAAGACUGCUUAAGUGAAUCAUUUUUUUUUUUUUAUUCUAAAGGUAUGUUUCUAGUUUCGGUGGCUAGUAAUUAGUUUUUUUUUUGUAUUUUAUUUUUACUCUAAUUGGUGUUUAAUCAGAUUCUGCAAGUGUUAUUUGUGUUUAGCAACUGUGACGUGUAGCCUAACGGCGUUGGAGCUUUUACAAGACCCUUUUCUACAAGAAGAUAAAGUGGAUGGAUUUGAUAUGAGACCUAUUGAUUACUACAAUGGUUAUGAUGAAACUGGUGUGUUCCUUAGACAACCUUUGAUUGAUGAUCCUCUUCUUGAGGCUUAGAAUCUCUGAUGCUGAAGGACGGAUAAGGAACAUUUACUUCCCAUUUGAGACAACUAUUGAUACUGCAUGGAGUGUAGCGGCUGAGAUGGUAUCAGAGCUCGACAUAACGAAUCAAGAUGUUGCGAAAAUCGCAGAGAUGAUCGAUGCAGAGAUUGCUGCAUUGGUCCCUGAUUGGAAAACUGACCUAAGUUUGAUCAUCAUACUCCUGUUAAAUUGGCAGAUUAUGGUGGAAAGAUGGCGGUUUUGUGGGACGAGAUUGUGCCUUCUAUUGUAUAUAGGAAGAUAAUAUGGUGUGCGGUGAUUGUGCUUGAAAGGCGCAACCGUAAAAGCGAAAAGAUUUUAGAGAAGGUUGAGUGGUGUGAUUUGGUGCUUGAAGUCCCUAGGUCAAGUCAGUUUGAGUAUGCU